CUGUCCACAAAGACAUGUAAAGCAUCAUUUGCAUGCACAAGGGGAUGCAGAAUGUUAGUACACACAAGCCUGGUGAACUUCACACAUCCAAACCACAGGAGCAUAACAAAGGUCAACCAAAAACGGCUGAAGAUGUUCUUCAAAAAUCCAUUUGGGUUACCUAAGGUUGAUGUUUGGACUCUUUUAAAUACUCCAAUAUUUAUGCAAAAUCAGAGAAAUAUGUCAGAUGAACUAUCUCAAAUCAGAGCUUCUCUCCUCUCUCUUGUAUGAGCAUUGAAACCCACAAAUCUGUGCUACUUGGGUUGCGUAAAGACUAUUUUCCGCUGAAGGUGUAGCUUUUGUCUUUGACCCCAUUACACUGGAAGAACCUGAACACUGGAGAGUGAAAGAUGUACAAGUUUUUUGUGCUCGUAAUUCACCUCUUCAGAGCCUACGGUGCUCUGCUCUACGCUAACAUCGGAGACAAUGUGACUUUACCUUGCGUCUACGCUUCCAGUGCCAAACAUCUGUGUUGGUACAAGCAGGUUGCAGGGGAACAACCUCAAAUAAUAUCCUCCUUCUACAGACUUUCACCUCACUCCAACAACUUCUACAAGCAGUUUAAAGACAACAAACGGUUUUCAGUUCAUACUGGAACAGGAUUCUAUCAUCUGAACAUUUCUAAUGUCCAGGACUCAGAUUCAGCCAUGUACUACUGUGGACAAACCAGUAUUGCAGUCACAGAAUUUUACAAUGGAACAUUUUUGGUUUUAAAAGAGUCCAGUUGCAGGUCUUUCCUCCAGCAGCCGGUGUCCGACUCUGUACAGCCAGGAGACUCUGUGACUCUGAAGUGCACGGUGCACACUGGAACCAGUGACAGAGAACACAGUGUUUACUGGUUCAAAAAGGACACAGGAAGCUCCCACCUGGGAAUCAUGUACGUCCACACACACAGCAGCACUCAGUGUGUGAAAGGUACAGAGUCUGGGUCUCCUGCACAGAGCUGUGUGUACAAUUUACCAAAAAGGAAUGUGAGCCUGUCUGAUGCUGGAACAUACUACUGUGCUGUGGCUUCAUGUGGACAGAUACUGAUUGGGGAAGGAACGAGACUGGAUGUUGGAGGAGAACAGUGUGACACUCCACCCAUCUUGCGAUGCAUGGUUGUAGCUGUGCUGUCUCUUAUCUUGAACAUCAUCCUAAUCGGUUUCAUCUACAACAUGGCCAGGGUCACAUCUUCAGCUGAGCACCCCAGAAUACACCGCUGACACUCAGAAAGCGGGAUCUGAUGCUUCACGGUACAUAACUCUGGACUCCAAAAAGGAGCAAACCAAGACCAAGAGGCAGAGGAGCACAGAGGAAUAGACAGUUAACUCUGGAUUUAGAAUGGAAGACCUGGAUCCCACCAAAACCUGACUGCUGCUGCUCUCUUUCUAAAUCCUGUAACAUCAGUUAACUACUGAUAUCUGAUAUGAGAUCAAUCAAUUUAUGUUUGUUUAAUGCAUUUGAUAAACUUUAAUCUUGCAUAUACCUAACUGCAAAGUUUAAAAUAUAUUCUGAAAAUAAAAAUAGCAAAAAUUAUAUGAAUAAAAUCUUACUGUCUGUGGAAUGCUUCUUUAAACAUAAGGCUUUGGAUGUUUCUAUUCAGUAACUGCAUACAGUUCAGCUCUUGUUCAGCAGGGGGAGGCAAACCACCAACAAUAAAAAAAAAAAUCUAUGCGCUACAUCAUGUUACCUAAACACAUGUUGCUUAAGUGAUCACACCAUGUCAUGAACACCACCAGAUAUCUAAU